ACAUACACAUACAAUGUAAAUAAAAUGAAAUAAAACGAAAAACUAAACAAAAUUCCUGCUUUCAAUAGAAAUCAUUGAGGGGAAAUUCAAUUUUAAAAGGGAUAUUUCUGUGACAUGAAUUGCCUUUGCUAGAGCGUGUACGCUGCACAAUUAACUGUACAAUUUGGCAACACUUGGCAGCACUAUUACGUCAAACGUUUUACUGGGCGCUGUCAAAGAACUUUUCUCCGAGCACAAUGUCGUUCAAUCCCUUUCCCAUUGGUACCCAAUUGCACGUGGAGACCUGCUUUGGGGAUAGCAUUACUGGAGAGGUGGUCACUUACGAGCAUAGCGUCAAAAUGUUAAUAUUAAACUGUCCGAUCAAGGAUAGCAAGGGCAAAAAGUGUUGCAAUCAGAGCAUUGUGAAUUUAGACUUUUGCAAGAGCUUGAAAAUCAUACGUGAGGCCAAGGCAGCAGAUAAGCUGAACGAACAGCCGGCACGCCUCAAUUUGUUGCGCUUGGAUCAGCGUCUGCGACAAUCGGUGGAGCAACGUGAAAAUUUGCUGCGCAGCCGCAACGAGCAUGCCACACCGCGUGGCAGACAAUUGUUUAAUUUACUCUCCAAGCACUUCGGCAACAACGAACUCUCCUGGCAGCAGAACAAUAUAAUGGUGCUCCAACAGGUGACUAUUGUGCCACCCUAUCGCAUCUGCGACAUCAGCAGCAAACAGCACUUGCCAAAGCUCGUCAGCUACGUGCAACGCCUCGUCGAGAAGUUCAAUGCCCAGAAGGGGGAGCUGAAGGAGACAGGGGCCAGCAAAUAGAGAAGCGAAUGACACUGAUAUCAUCGGCCGGGACACUUGGCAACGACAUAAAAAUCAAUUAUAUAUAUAUGCUCAAUUUAUAUAUACAUAUCUACUUAUAUAUAUAUCUAGUUGCCUGGCACUUUGUUUGUCAACAAAAAAGCAAAAAACACAUUUCCAAAUACACAAAAAAAGCUUG